AUGGCUCAAAGCCGCUUUCAGAAACUAGUAUCUCUGUUGCAUUUCCAGGACAAUCUUAUAUUUAUUGAACUAACACAGAAAGAAGAUAAGCUACAGAAAAUUCACCCUUGGCUUACUUUGUUCUCACAAGCUUGCCUGAGAAACCUGCCUGAACAGAAUCAGUGUGUUGACAAAGUAACGAUCCCUUUCAAAGGGUGCACUUUCAAGGCAACAAAGCACAUACUUGGGAAAGGUCUUGGUUGCAAUGUUGUGAUGAAGCUAACUGCAGCAUUGGAAGACAAAGGCUUUUUUAGGAUUUAUGCAGACAAUUUCUUCACAUUGUAUCAUGUUGCUGAGAGCCUACUGAAGAGGGGUAUUUAUUAUACAGCCACAAUAAGAGCUGGAAGAUUCAAGCAAUGUACCCUUCCUGACGAAAAGCAGAUGAAAGCAGAAGGACACAGUACUACAGCUUCACAAGUUCACACAACAGGCAAGUUCGUCGUUGUGAAAUGGUGUGAUAACCUAUGUGUUACAUUGUUAUCUUCACUAACAGAUGCAGAGCUAAAGGACAUGGCAAAAAGAUGGGAUAGGAGUAAGAAAGAGCAUAUUCUUGUCCCAAGAGAAUCCAUUAUUCAAAUUUACAAUUGUAAUAUGGUAGGAGUAGAUCUUUAUGAUAUGUUGACAUCACUAUGCAAAUAUCACAUAAAAUCCAGAAGAUGGUAUUUGUAUAUCUUCUGCCACAUGGUAACAACAGCUGUUGUCAAUAGCUGGCUGAAUUACAAGGCCCUGUCUGAAAAACAUGUUUCUCUCAGAUAA